UUGUUGAAGAAGGUGACUUCUUGCGGGUUUUGCUUAAAUAUUUCACUAUAAUUUCGCACUUUCACUAUUAAACUGUGGAUACUGUAAUAUAAACACUAGUACGGCUUAUGUGUAAUCAUUCAAUAGAUAUUAUUUCAGUACGUGUAAAUCUAACUUAGGAACAUAAGUUGUGAUUUUUACUUGUAGACUGGUUUUUGUGUGCAAAUUAGUGUUUCUACUUAAAUCACGCUUCCUGAGAAUAAACAUCGAGUUGCUUCGAGGCUCAAAGGUCAAGUCGUCGGGAUGAGGCGGUGAGGACAAUGGGCCACUUCCAUAGGCCACCUUCGCUGCAAACAACAAAGGUAUCCGGCGGUGGUAUGCGCCUGCGUUGAUGGGCGGCGCGGGGGGCGCGGGGCGCGCGGGGCGGGCGCUGCGCCUGCUGCUGCUGCUGGUACUCGCGCUGGCGGCGGUGGAGUACCUGUUCGGGUCCAUCCUCGAGGCGGGGCCCCUCCGGACGUACCUGUAUACGCCCCUGGUGAACGUCACCCAGCCUACUCUCAAAACCACAGACAAAACACCCACGAACUGGCCUAAGAAGAUGGCGAUUCACGCCUACCAGAACACCACCCUCAACAGGACUGUGACGCAGAACGUCACAGCAAACAUCACAGCGUCACAGAACGUGACGAGAAACGUCACAACGUCACAGAACGUGACGAGGAACGUCACAGAGGACACCAGUACCCCCCUCAUCACGAAGCUGAUGGAAGGACUCAAGAAUUUGGUCACUCCCGAAGACUUUGAUUUCAAAAGUCUGGAACCUUCUAUGCCGCUUUGCGACGCGAUGCCUCCGGAUUUAGGUCCAGUAUCGGUGAACAAGACCGAGGUGGAACUGGACUGGGUGGAGAAGAAAUACCCUGAGGUGCACCGCGGCGGGCGCUACUCCCCGCCCAACUGCACCGCGCGGCACAAGGUCGCCAUCAUUGUGCCGUACAGAGAUCGUCAGCAGCACCUUGCGAUCUUCCUCAACCACAUCCACCCGUUCCUCAUGAAGCAGCAGAUCGAGUACGGCAUCUUCAUCGUCGAGCAGGAGGGUACGAGCAGCUUCAACAGAGCUAAGCUAAUGAACGUUGGCUUUGUGGAGAGUCAGAAGCAGAAGGCCGGGGGUUGGGGGUGCUUCGUCUUCCACGACAUAGAUCUCCUGCCGCUGGACUCCCGCAACCUGUACUCGUGUCCCCGGCAGCCGAGACACAUGAGCGCUUCUAUAGAUAAGCUUAAUUUCAAGUUGCCGUACGAGGACAUAUUCGGCGGGGUGUCGGCCAUGACGCUGGAGCAGUUCACGCGCGUCAACGGCUUCUCCAACAAGUACUGGGGCUGGGGCGGCGAGGACGAUGACAUGUUCUACAGACUGAAGAAGAUGGACUACCACAUAGCGCGGUACAAGAUGUCCAUCGCCCGCUACGCCAUGCUUGACCACAAGAAAUCCUCGCCUAACCCUAAAAGGUACCAACUCCUGUCUCAGACGUCCAAGACGUUCCAGAAGGAUGGACUUUCGACCCUAGAGUAUGAGCUGGUCAGCGUGACUCAGUACCAUCUGUACACGCACAUACUGGCCAACAUCGACGAGCGAAGCUGACGAACGUACUUCGCCAAACUGCUGUUUGGUGAUAGGUAACACAGAUGCUACGCCAUAGACUAAAAACAGCCAUAGAUAUAGCACAGACUAAAAAAAAGGUGUAUAGAUAAAGCUGUCACAGAUAAAUGGCUAAGGUUGUGUCCACUGGAAGUCGCGUGUCGCAAAUGUUGUGUCGCUCUAGCCUUGAGCGUUUUCAUAUGCGAUGAUAAUAUCCGGUAUCGCAUAGACAUAUCGGUGCGAUUUUGGAUGUUUGUUACCUAGCGUACUCUAGCAGUGGUUGUAAGUGGAUUUAAAACGUUUACAGUACUUUCAUAUUCGAAGUACGGAUUUUUUAACUAAGGAAAGAUUUUUCAAAGAUCUAAGAUUUUGAUGUAGAGCAUUUAGACAGGUUUGUGCUAUGUAAAGAGAGCGUUAGGUGAAGGUUUACUAUAAUUAUCUGGCCAAUCAUAUUCGACCAACUACAACUACAAUAAUAAUGCUUACUUCUGUUUCCGUGCCUACAACUGCUUUUUAUUGUGAAUUUGCAUAAACUUAAUUAGUCGUACGAUGGUUACCUACGUAUAGUGAUCUCUACGAGUAUAAAAGUGAUCUCUUUAAUAUUAGUCUACGGUGAAAAUGGCUUUUAAGUUUAAUUCUUGUGUAACAAAUGUUAAAAAAUACCGUCCUAAUAUUUUUACAACGAAGGCGGAUAAAAUUGGUUAGUAAAGAUUUUAAAAACACAAUAUUGGGAGUCGCUAAUAUUAAAGUCAUCAACUUAUCACACUAUAGAUCUUUUGAAUGUAGAAAUGGCUAUAAUGUUAAAGUGUUUGUAAAUUUGAUGUACCUAUAUAAAUAAAUAAGCUUUUAUAUAUAUUUCCUCUCGAACUAAGUAGAAUUAUGGAAUGUUAAGACGCAAGUAUCUUCGAAUCGCUUUAUAUUUUUAAUGCUGCUGUAAUUAUUUUAUUAGAUAGAAACAAAUAUCUUAAGGUAUGAGUCGUACAUCUCAAUAUUAUCAAGUUAGGUUAUGCAUCUAAACUGUCGCCGCGACAUAUUUCCCCAUAAAUGCGUUACAUCACUCAAAGAAUAGCGUGGUCGCUGAAUUUAGCUACAUUUUUUGUCUUUUAUGUUUUUUCGAACAUUCUUUGUCUGUUCGUAGUAGUUUUCUUAUGCCACGUUUAUUUUGAAGAAUAUAUACUUACUUACUUGUAAAGAAUAAUUAAUUGUAUCUUUCUUUAUUUUUCAUUUUACUGAUUUUUGUUCUUUAAUUAAUACGUAUAUAAGUAAGCUAAAUAUUUGAUAGCU